UUCGAAAACGGAGGAAAGCCCUAGUCUUUCAAAUUUCUCGUGUUGAAUUCGUCGGGAGAAAAAAAGGCAAUUUAGGCAAACGGAAAGAUAGAGCGACAGAUCGAUCGAUCCACGGAGAUCUAAAAAGUUGUCGGGAAGUUAAUCCGGCCCUUCUUCCCCCAAAUUCGACGGUUUUCGGACCCAAAUCGGUGGUGUCAACCCAUAGAUUCGCCACGAAAUUCCACAGGAACGGGAGUUCCUCUUGCCAAACGCGCAAACUCCGACUCCAUCUGUAUCAAUCGAGAGGCGAUCGCUGAGGAGAUUUCCCCAGUUGAAAGGGCGUUGUUUUGACGAAGCAAUUGGUGUCUUUUGGAGAUAAUAAUAAUAAUAACAGGGUUGGAUUACAUCGCCUGGAGAGAUGCCGGAUACCCGGCCGGUCCAGAGCAAUGCCGUUGCCAAUUCCUCCAAUGCUUGCCCGGAUAACCUCGGAGAAGCCAUGUGGCAGUUAAAGAUCGAGGAUUGCAGGGGGGGAGCCGACGCUAUCCCGAAUCUGUAUCCCGAUCGCCCUGGUGAGCCUGACUGUAUAUACUAUUUGAGGACAGGGUAUUGCGGCUAUGGGAGUAAUUGCAGAUACAAUCAUCCUAAUUACAUUGGGCAGGGGACUCUUUAUACUGGUGUACUCCCAGAGAGGGAUGGUCAACCUGAUUGCCAGUUUUUCCUGAAGACUGGUACUUGUAAGUUUGGAGUGACCUGUAAAUAUCAUCAUCCACGAGACAAUCAUGAAGUACGACAAGUUCAGCUGAAUAUUCUAGGUUUACCAAUGCGGAAGGAUGAAAAAUCCUGUCCCUAUUACAUGAAAACUGGACUCUGUAAGUUUGGAAUUGCUUGCAAGUUCAAUCAUCCCCAGCCUACCACCCAUGCAGCCAUGUUACCUGUAACAGGACCCUCAGCCUAUGGAUCUACAGGAUCUUCUGUAGCAACACCAUCCGGACUACCUUUAAUUGCUGGGCUUUCAGCAUGGUCUUUGUCAACAAUCGCUUGCAUGUCUAAUCCACGUAUGCAAGGCCUCCCUUACAUGUCUCUUGUUCUUCCACUCACCCAAGGCACCAUGCCUGUACAACAAGGAUGGAGCACGUACAUGGGUGGUGUAAACCAUGUCCCUUCUACUGAUGUUGCUGGGCCUAAGCAGAUUUCCUACCCCAAGCAUCAUGCACUUUUGGGUUCCAGCGCACCGGUAGAUUUCCCUGAGAGACCUGAUCAGCCACAAUGCCAAUACUAUAUGAAAACUGGGAGCUGCAAAUUUGGAACUUCUUGCAAGUUCCAUCACCCAAAAGAGAGGAACCAAGAAGCUAUCUGCACAAUUGGACCCCUUGGGCUUCCUCUAAGACCAGGCCAGCCUCUGUGCACCUUUUACAGUAUGUAUGGAAGCUGCAAGUAUGGUUCAACUUGCAAAUUUGAUCACCCAUUCAUGGGUUACAACUACACCUUGCCUGCAUUCUCUGUUCCAGACCCUCCUGUUCUCUUUCCCAACCGAAGGAAUUCACAAGCCAUGCGAAUGUUAGCAGAAGAUUCAGACUCCAAAACAGUGAGGUUGCCUGAUCAGCAUGUGAAAUAUGAGACAAGUGACGAACCCCAGGACGCAAAUGACCAUAAUCAUGGCAACUCUUCUACACAAGUUUCUCCAUCCCAUACUGCUCGUCAUUCAGAGUCCCCAGGAAAAUGCUCUGAUUAAUAUCAGCUUUUCAUAUUUACUUCAGUUCCAUCCGUGCAAAUUUUGACAUCUCUGCCUCCUGUAGCACCAUUUUCGCCUGCGGCUGUGUGGUCUGAGUUGGGUUGUCCAAAGAUUCAUAUAGUGGGUGACAGCAGGAGGCAAAAGGUCUUUUGUAUUGAAUAAAAUGGAGGCGAGAAUUUAAAUCAAGUUAUUAUUAUUGGACAAUUGAUGUGUGUUUCUUCUGAGAAGAAUCUGAGACUGCUGAAGGGAUGAAUAUGAUUUCUGUCUAGUCAAUAAUGUAUAGCUAGUCUGUCACAAUAAAGAUGGUGUAUGGGACUUUCAUCCAUUGCUACAGAAGUAAAUUCUCAAACAAACCACAGAUGGAACAUAUUUCUAUCAGAUUUACAUUGACAUAUGAACUGAAAGGAGUUUGGUAUGGUCGGUUGUGGAUAUGGUGCUAUCAUGAUUCGUAGAACUCUUCUUUCUUUUUUUCCUUUUUUUGAGUGAAAACUAAGGCCAGAGGCCUAAUGACUGCAUUAAGUACUUCUCGUUUUCUUGUUUUC